UCACCUCUCCACUCCACUCCACUCCACUCCAUUCGCAGUCCUCUCCAUCCAUCACCUCUCCGUCACCUCUCCACUCCAUUCGCAGUCCUCUCCAAUCCAUCCAUCCACACCCAGCGGCAGCGGCGACUGACCUCCAAGCUGCCCGCCCGCCACUUUACAUCCUCGCAGCCCAAUCCAUUCCACCCCGCCUUCUGCUGCUGCUGCUUCCUCCCUCUUCACCACUACUCCGGCGAGGCCAGGCAGAGUGUCUGCACGGCAGUGCAGAGAGACGAUGCAGGCGGCUCUCGGCCCGGCGGCCACGCUCCUCGGCAAGGUGUUCACGAUGCUGUCCGCCGUCCCGGUGGCGGCGUACGUGGACAGCCUCAAGCUCGGCCACAACUCGGAGCAUAUCAAGGACAAGCUGCUGCAGACGCAAGGCCUGCUGCACAACGCCCAGGCCCAGGGGAGCCACCUCGGCGACAACCCUGCCCUGCAGCGCUUGCUGGAGAAGCUGAGCAGGGACGCCGACCAGGCAGAGGACCUGUUGGAUGAGGUCCACUACUUCCAGAUCCAUGACAAGCUCCAUGGCACCACCUACGCCACCACCCAAGAGGCCGGCCAUCAAGCUCUCCACGCCGGUAGUGCUAUUCGCCACUUGUUCCGGUGUUUUUCUUGCUCGCCUACACCCAAGAGCAAGAGCGAUGGUAGUGAUGAUGAUGCUGCUGCUGUUGCCGGCGCACCACGCCACGUCACCAACUACAGCCAAGGCACCUUGCUCCACUGCUUUUCUUGCUCCCCCUGUACAACCAAGAGCAAGAGGAAUGGUGGGAUUGAUGCUGCUGCUGCUGCUGCUGCUGCUAGUGCUGAUGGUGGUGAUGCUGCUGCUGUUUCUGUUGCCGGCGUCACCAACUCCAAUUCUGCUAGUGCUGAUGAUGGUGACACGCUGUCUUUCGACAGAGUGUCCAUGUCCAGAAAAAUCAAGUCCCUGUUACAGGGCAUGCAGUCACACUGUGAUUCCGUCUCCAAUUUGCUCGGCAAUAUCCCAACCAGCAGCAACACGACAGUGACAGUCGUCCAAGACCGGCCUCAGACCGCUUCCAUGAUUAUACAAGAUACAUUGUAUGGCAGGAAAGGCAUUUUUGAGGAAACUGUCAGUCGUAUCACCGCUGCCACAAACAUUGUUUCUGUUCUUCCUAUAGUUGGUCCUGGGGGUAUUGGAAAGACAACUUUCACCACUCACCUGUACAAUGAUGCAAGUACUCAAGACCACUUCCAAGUCAGGGUCUGGGUAUGUGUGUCCACUGAUUUCGACGUGCUUAAGCUCACCAGGGAGAUCCUUGGCUGCAUACUUGCAAGUGAAGGAGUAGGAAGCAGCAGUGUUGCAAACGAAACAACCAAUUUAGACCAGCUUCAGAAAUCCAUAGCACAACGUAUCAAGUCCAAGAGGUUUCUGAUUGUAUUGGAUGAUAUAUGGAAAUGUGACGGCGAGGAUCAGUGGAAAACCCUGCUAGCUCCGUUCACAAAGGGGGAAGCCAAAGGAAGCAUGCUACUCGCCACAACUCGAUUCCCAAAGGUAGCAGACAUGGUGAAAACAGUUGAUCCACUAGAGCUGCGGGGUUUGGAGCCUAAUGGCUUCUUCAUAUUCUUUGAAGCAUGUAUAUUUGCUGAAGACAACAAGCCCAAGCAUUAUGAAGAUGAGUUUGCUGGUAUUGCACGAAAAAUUGCAAACAAGCUAAAAGGUUCCCCGUUGGCAGCCAAAACAGUUGGUAGGUUAUUGCACAAGGACCUUUCUCAGAAACAUUGGAAUGGAGUUCUUGAAAAGCAUCAGUGGCUAAAGCAGCAAAAGAAUGAUGAUAUCAUGCCAUCUUUAAAGAUUAGCUACGAUUACCUCCCUUUUGAUCUGAAGAAAUGUUUUUCCUGUUGUGGCCUUUUCCCUGAAGAUCAUAGGUUUACUUCUUCAGAAAUCAAUCAUUUCUGGGUUGCAAUAGGUAUCAUAGACUCUGAUCAUCAAGACGAUAGGAACUACUUGGAAGAACUAGUGGACAAUGGUUUUCUCAUGAAGAAAUUCGAUUGGCGUGGUCAAUGCUGGUAUGUAAUGCAUGAUUUAAUGCAUGAGCUAUCUAACAGUGUUUCUGCGCAAGAAUGCCUCAACAUAAGUGGCUUAGAUUUCAGUGCUGAUGCCAUCCCGCGAUCUGUCCGGCACUUAUCUAUCAAUGUAGAAGACAGAUAUGAUGCAAAUUUUGAGGAAGAAAUGUCUAAACUAAGGGAGAAGAUAGACAUUGCUAAUCUGCGGACUUUGAUGAUAUUUAGAGGAUAUGAAGAAAGAAUCGCCAAGAUUUUGAAAGAUAGCUUCAAGGAAAUAAAUAGUCUGCGUGUCCUAUUUAUAGCGGUGAAGUCUGCACAAUCUUUUCCAUAUAGGUUUUCAAAACUUAUCCACCUCCAGUACCUCAAAAUUAGUUCAUCUUACUACAGUGACCGGGAAAUGAGGUUACCUAGUACACUAUCAAGAUUUUAUCACUUGAAAUUCUUGGACCUAGAUGGUUGGUGUGGUCGUUCUGAUUUGCCUAAAGACUUUAGCCACCUUGAUAAUUUACAUGAUUUCCAUGCUGAAAGUGAACUCCACUCCAAUAUUCGCAAUGUUGGAAAGAUGAAGCAUCUGCAGGAGCUACAAGAAUUCCAUGUCAGGAAAGGGAGCAUGGGAUUUAGACUGACAGAACUUGGGCCAUUGCAAGAGCUUGAAGGAGGACUGAUUAUACGUGGCCUCGAACACGUGACAAACAAGGAGGAAGCCGCUGCAGCCAAACUGAUGUCGAAAAGGAAUCUGAAGGAGUUGGAAUUACUCUGGGGCAGAGAUGGACCAACUACAGAUGCUGAUAUUCUUGAUGCUCUUCAACCACACUCUAAUCUUAGAGCACUUACAAUUGCAAAUCAUGGUGGUACCGUUGGUCCUAGUUGGUUGUGUCUUGACAUCUGGUUAACAAGUUUAGAGACUCUCACUCUAGAAGGUGUAUCUUGGAGCACCCUCCCACCUUUUGGGAAGCUAUCAAAUCUCAAGGGACUGAAUUUGGAGAAAAUUUCUGGAAUGCAUCAGUUUGGGCCUCGAUGUGGUGGCGCUCCAGGCAAAUGUUUUAUGCGCUUGAAGACAGUUAGGUUUUGUGAAAUGCCAGAUCUUGCUGAAUGGGUUGUGGAACCUAAUUGCCAUUCCUUUCCAAGUCUUGAAAAAAUCAAAUGCUUCCGUUGUCCCAAUCUCCGUGUGAUGCCCUUGUCAGAGGUAUCUUGCACCAAUUUGCGCAGCCUUCAUGUUUCUGGGUGCCCCAAGAUGUCUCUGCCCUCCAUGCCUCACACCUCCACACUGACAGAUCUGGAUGUCAAAAGAACAUUGUUUUCAGAAACGUUGUUGUCUUAUGAUGGAAAGAGAUUGGUUGUUAGUGGGUAUGGCGGUGCUUUGGCCUACCACAAUCUGGAUCUGGAUAAAGUAGAAGAUAUGGAUAUUGAAAAUGUAUCGCACAUAUCAUUGGCAGACAUUGAAAAGUUUAAAUCCCUAACACAACUAGCUGUCAAAAGAUGCGCCGGUGUGUUCCCUGAAGAGCUGGAUGGCAGUAUUGUCUUGCGUUCAGUUGAGAGACUCAAAUUAGAUGUAUCAUCAUCGUCGUCGUCAAAAGUGUUAAACUGUUUCCCAGCUUUUUCUGUGUUGGUGAUAGUUGGAGAUAGACACCAUGACUAUGAGGAAUGUGUAAUGCAGUUGCCAUCAUCCAGCUCACUGCAGGAACUUACCUUCUGGGAGUGUAAGGGCCUGGUUCUUGUGCCUGUGGAGAAUGAAGGAGGAAUUCAGGAGAACAACUCAUUGCUCCAAUCAUUAACCAUAUUCGAAUGUGGCAAACUGUUCUGUCGGUGGCCCAUGGGCAUGGGAGAAUCAGAGACCAUUUUCCCUUUCCCUGCUUCCCUGAGGGAACUUCAUGUUAAUGAAGAGCCAAGCAUCAAGUCAAUGGGUCUGCUCUCAAACCUCACGUCUCUCACCAGUCUAUGCCUAGUAGGCUGCAGAAAUUUAACAGUGGAUGGAUUCAAUCCUCUCAUCGCAGUCAACCUCAUAAAACUGCAAGUGCAUAGGUGCAACACCUUAGCAGCAGAUAUGCUCUCAAAGGUAGCCUCUCAGAGGGCCAAAUUAUUCCCUGCAGGUUACAUCUCUAGAUUAGAGGUACUCAGGGUGGAUGACAUUUGUGGAUUGCUUGUUGCUCCUAUUUGCAACCUCCUCGCCCCGGCCCUCCACACACUUGAAUUCUCGUUUGGUAGGAGGAUGGAAGGCUUCACGGAAGAGCAAGAGAAAGCGCUGCAGCCCCUCACCUCCCUCCAGAAACUAAGUUUUUCAUAUUGCGAGGGUCUGCAGUCCCUUCCUCAAGGGUUACAUCGCCUUUCUUCUCUCAAGGAGUUACAUGUCGUUAACUGUCCAAAAAUCCGAUCGAUGCCCAAGGAGGGCCUCCCGGUUUCGCUGAGAAAAGUACACAUGAUUGGUUGCAGCGCUGAGAUAAAGGAGCAAAUUGAGAAAAUCAAAAGAACCAACCCAGAUUUAUCCGUCUCAAGUUACUAAACCCAAGACUAGCAGGUUCCACUCCAAUCCACCACUGUUGCAAUCAAUCUUUUAUGCACACAAGUUGUCAAACCUGCACAUUAAUCAGCAGGCUUCUGUUCCCUAUGUAUGUGAAAUAAAAAAGGGCGUGUGUGACAUGACUCACUCAGUCACUUGGUACCGAUCAACAAGAAGUCUAGAGUCGUAGCUGCAACCUGCAAGAAGUGAGGCUGGAAUCAUGAAAUUAUCAGGCUUGUGCUCCUUUUUCGCAUGAACAGAAGAGGCCAAUUUCACUGUUGGCAUCAGUUGCAGCGAGGAAGAGGAUGAUGCCGCUGCUUUGCAAAAAAGCACCUGAUAUAUCAUAUAUGUAGCAGAGGGUGCUGGCUUGGUGGUGCAGAAUGGAUCGGAGCUAUGAGUACUGAAAUUAUUGUACCCAGCUACGUACAAUCUUGCAUGGAGAGUCCAUACUUGUUUAGGUUUCAUUGCCGUUGAUCCUUCACUCAAAGGACAUGGAGGUUCUGCAGUCCCAGUGGUGAAUUGAAUUUCACAGCUGAUUCAGAGCAAACAAACAGUACUGAAGCAAUUGUCUGUCUUGAUAUGCUCAAAGAAUAGAAUAUGGACCUAAGUGAUGGCUCGCAGUGGGAUGUCCUUCCUUCCUUCCUUUAAACAAGACAAGUGGGCUUUAAUUUGUGGAUGACAAGAGAGAGCAGAGCAGAGCAUUCCAAGAAGGGACAUCCAAAAGGAAAGUGUGCCAAGGUGUGAGGUGGUUAUUGGGAUUCAGCAUCAGCCUCGCACGACUUUAGAAUUUUUUGUUUCGCCUCUGUAAAUUGAAUUUGUAAGGUAGAAUUGAGUUUUUUUUCCCAGUGUUGCGAUCAAGAUUUUGUUCCGUGGCCAUGGACCAACUGAUCGAUGAUGCCAAUGUUGUUUGUUGUAACUGGCAUUAGCACAAUGCUAGCUAGUACAGUACAUUCACGCUUGCUUAAUGUCUAUAAGAUUUGGCAGCUUCACAUGUGAA